AUGCAGUUGCUGCCGAAGAGGUUGGACUGGGAGGGCAACGAGCACAACAGGAGCUACGAGGAAUUGGUCUUGUCCAAUAAGCAUGUGGCUCCUGAUCAUCUGUUGCAAAUCUGCCAACGCAUUGGUCCCAUGUUGGAUAAAGAGAUUCCACCCAGUAUUUCAAGAGUCACUUCUUUACUUGGUGCAGGAAGGCAGUCUUUGCUACGUACAGCAAAAGACUGCAGGCACACAGUUUGGAAGGGCUCUGCCUUUGCUGCUCUUCACAGAGGAAGACCUCCAGAAAUGCCAGUGAAUUAUGGUUCCCCACCCAGUCUUGUGGAGAUACAUCGAGGAAAACAGCUCACAGGGUGUUCCACUUUUAGCACAGCAUUUCCAGGAGCUAUGUAUCAGCAUAUAAAAAUGCACAGAAGAAUUCUCGGACAUCUGUCUGCUGUUUACUGUGUAGCAUUUGAUAGGACAGGACAUAGAAUCUUUACCGGUUCAGACGAUUGUUUGGUGAAGAUUUGGUCGACACACAAUGGCCGUCUAUUAUCUACAUUAAGAGGUCAUUCUGCAGAAAUUUCAGAUAUGGCAGUAAACUAUGAGAAUACAAUGAUUGCUGCAGGGAGCUGUGAUAAGAUAAUUAGAGUGUGGUGCUUGAGAACUUGCGCCCCAGUUGCUGUGCUCCAAGGACACACGGGGUCAAUCACAUCUUUACAGUUUAGCCCAAUGGCCAAAGGCUCCCAAAGAUACAUGGUCUCUACUGGUGCUGAUGGAACAGUUUGUUUCUGGCAGUGGGAUUUAGAAUCCCUGAAAUUCAGUCCACGUCCCCUGAAGUUCACGGAAAAGCCUAGACCAGGUGUUCAGAUGCUUUGUUCUUCUUUUAGUGUUGGUGGUAUGUUUUUAGCCACGGGUAGUACUGAUCAUGUAAUCAGAAUGUAUUUUUUGGGUUUUGAAGCACCUGAAAAAAUCGCAGAACUUGAAAGCCACACUGAUAAAGUUGACAGUAUCCAGUUUUGUAACAAUGGUGAUCGGUUCUUAAGUGGUAGCAGAGAUGGAACGGCACGGAUUUGGAGAUUUGAGCAGUUGGAAUGGAGAAGCAUUCUAUUGGAUAUGGCAACCCGAGUCUCAGGGGACUUAUCUUUGGAAGAGGAAAGGUUUAUGAAACCCAAAGUCACAAUGAUCGCUUGGAAUCAGAAUGAUAGCAUUGUUGUCACAGCUGUGAACGAUCAUGUCCUUAAAGUGUGGAAUUCUUACACAGGGCAAUUGCUUCAUAACUUACUGGGACAUGCUGAUGAAGUAUUUGUUUUGGAGACACAUCCCUUUGAUUCCAGAAUUAUGUUAUCUGCAGGACAUGAUGGCAGCAUAUUUAUAUGGGAUAUUACAAAAGGCACCAAGAUGAAACAUUAUUUUAAUAUGAUUGAAGGGCAAGGACAUGGAGCUGUCUUUGACUGUAAGUUUUCACAGGAUGGACAGCAUUUUGCCUGUACAGAUUCUCAUGGACACCUUCUGAUAUUUGGGUUUGGAUGCAGCAAGCCAUAUGAAAAGAUUCCUGAUCAGAUGUUCUUCCAUACUGACUAUCGACCGCUGAUCAGAGAUUCUAAUAAUUAUGUCUUAGAUGAGCAAACUCAGCAGGCUCCUCACCUUAUGCCUCCACCGUUCUUGGUAGAUGUAGAUGGAAAUCCUCACCCAACUAAGUAUCAGAGAUUGGUACCAGGUCGAGAAAAUUCUGCAGAUGAACAUUUGGUUCCACAGCUAGGCUAUGUGGCGACAAGUGAUGGAGAGGUGAUUGAACAAAUUAUAAGCCUACAAACCAAUGAUAAUGGUGAACGAAGCCCAGAGUCUAGUGUUCUUGAUGGAAUGAUAAGAGAGUUGCAGCAGCAGCAGGAUCAGAGAAUGGGAGCAGAUCAGGAUACUAUUCCAAAUGGACUUCCAAGCGGAGAAGAAACACCUCGACGAGGUUUUAGAAGACUGAGCUUAGACAUCCAGUCCCCUCCAAAUAUUGGUCUGCGUCGUAGCGGACAAGUGGAAGGUGUUCGUCAGAUGCAUCAGAAUGCCCCUCGUAGUCAGAUUGCUACGGAACGGGACCUGCAGGCUUGGAAACGAAGAGUGGUUGUACCAGAGGUACCACUAGGCAUAUUUAGGAAGUUGGAAGACUUCAGAAUAGAGAAAGGUGAAGAGGAAAGAAAUCUUUAUAUAAUAGGAAGAAAAAGGAAGACUCUGCAGCUCACACAAAAGUCUGACUCGGUGGUUUUGCUGUCACAGUCUAGGCAGAGGACAUGCAGGCGCAAAUACCCAAAUUAUGGCAGAAGAAAUCUUGGCCGGCUUGAGUUAUCUUCUGGAAAUGAAUCUUCAAGCUCCAUGAGACAUGAGACUUCCUGUGAUCAGAGUGAAGGCUCUUGUUCUGAAGAAGAAGAAGAGUGGAGGAGUGAUCGAAGAAGUGAGAGUGACAGUGAGAGUUCGAGUGACUCGUCAUCUAGAUACUCUGAUUGGACUGCUGAUGCAGGCAUCAAUCUGCAGCCACCUCUACGGACGUCAUCGCGUCGGCGAGUUACCCGUUUUUGCAGUAGUUCAGAGGAUGAAAUGUCUACUGAGAAUUUAUCUCCUCCAAAAAGGAGACGAAAGAGAAAGAAAGAAAAUAAGCCUAAAAAAGAGAACUUGAGGAGGAUGACUCCGGUGGAGCUUACGAAUAUGGAACAUUUAUAUGAAUUUCAUCCUCCAGUUUGGAUAACUGACACCACACUUCGAAAGUCUCCUUUUGUUCCUCAAAUGGGUGAUGAGGUAAUAUAUUUUCGACAGGGUCAUGAAGCUUAUAUUGAGGCUGUCAGAAGAAAUAACAUAUAUGAACUGAACCCUAACAAGGAGCCAUGGAGAAAAAUGGAUCUCAGGGAUCAAGAAUUGGUCAAAAUAGUUGGAAUACGAUAUGAGGUUGGGCCCCCUACACUCUGUUGCCUCAAACUCGCAUUUAUAGAUCCUGCAACUGGAAGACUAAUGGACAAAUCUUUCUCUAUUAGAUACCAUGAUAUGCCAGAUGUUAUUGACUUUCUUGUAUUGCGUCAGUUUUAUGAUGAAGCAAGACAGAGGAAUUGGCAGUCUUGUGAUAGGUUUCGAUCUAUCAUUGAUGAUGCUUGGUGGUUUGGGACAGUGCUAAGUCAAGAGCCGUAUCAGCCACAGUACCCCGAUAGUCAUUUCCAGUGCUACAUCGUUAGGUGGGACAAUACUGAAAUUGAGAAACUUAGCCCAUGGGACAUGGAACCAAUUCCUGAUAAUGUUGAUCCACCUGAAGAAUUAGGAGCUAGUAUUUCUGUCACUUCAGAUGAGCUGGAGAAACUGCUCUACAAACCGCAAGAUGGUGAAUGGGGUCAGAAAUCGAGAGAUGAAGAGUGUGAACGAAUUAUUAGUGGCAUAGAUCAACUUCUGAAUCUUGACAUAGCAGCAGCUUUUGCAGGUCCAGUUGAUCUGUGCACGUAUCCGAAGUACUGUACCGUAGUAGCCUAUCCGACUGAUCUUUACACAAUUCGAAUGAGACUCGUUAAUCGCUUUUACAGGAGGCUGUCUGCACUGGUAUGGGAAGUCAGAUACAUAGAACAUAAUGCCAGGACAUUUAAUGAACCUGAGAGUGUAAUUGCAAGAUCAGCUAAGAAGAUAACUGACCAACUUUUAAAAUUUAUAAAGAAUCAAGACUGUACAAAUAUCUCAGAACUUUCUAACACUUCUGAAAAUGAUGAGCAAAAUGCCGAGGAUUUGGAUGAUAGUGAUCUUCCUAAAACAUCUUCUGGAAGGAGAGUCCGUGAUUGGAAAAAGAGGAGCAUCAAAGCGACCAGCUAUGUUGAAAAUAACUGGAAGAAACAGUGUAAGGAACUAGUGAACUUAAUUUUUCAGUGUGAAGAUUCUGAACCAUUUAGACAACCUGUUGAUUUGGUUGAAUAUCCAGACUAUCGAGAUAUUAUAGAUACUCCAAUGGAUUUUGGAACAGUAAGGGAAACUUUAGAAGCAGGAAAUUAUGACAGCCCUUUGGAAUUUUGCAAAGACAUCCGGUUGAUAUUUAGCAAUGCAAAAGCAUAUACACCAAACAAAAGAUCAAAGAUUUACAGUAUGACCUUGAGAUUGUCUGCCUUAUUUGAAGAAAAAAUGAAGAAAAUCUCCUCUGAUUUUAAAAUUGGUCAAAAAUUCAAUGAAAAACUUCGAAGAAGCCAGAGGUUCAAGAGACGGCAAAAUUGUAACCGUGUCAAUCAGGCUAACAAAAGUAUCAGAAAUGUCAAGCAGAAGCGGUUAAAAUCUCAGACAAAAGUAAUUCCUGAAUUGGUAGGUUCUCCUACCCAGUCUACCUCCAGUAGGGCCGCUUACUCUGCGAGCCACAAGACAAGUGCUAGUGUCUCUUCAGGGGUGACGUCUGGUGACUCCUCGGAUUCAGCAGGAUCGUCAGAAAGAAUGAGAAGUAGGCCUGUCACUCUACACAACGGCUCUACGUUAUCUGAAAGUGAGAUGGAAGAUUCCUUAGGUACCUCUUCAUCAUCAACUUCUAACAGUUCAGAGGAAAGCAAAGAGAGUUCAAGACCUCGUGAAUCUUCCUUACGUAGUGGGCUGGCCAGAAGCAGUAAUCUCAGGGUGACCAGAACCAGAGCUGCUCAAAGGAAAACUGGUCCAGUUUCUUUAGAGAAUGGAUGUGGCAGAAAAGCCACACGAAAGAGAGUCUAUUUAAGUGACUCUGAUAACAAUUCAGUGGAGACCAGUGAAAGUCUAAAAGCCAGGGCUGGAAAUAACCGGAAAGUGCUACGAAAGUGUGCUGCCGUGGCUGCCAACAAGAUAAAGCUCAUGAGUGAUGUGGAAGAGAACUCGAGCUCUGAGAGUGUCUGCUCUGGCCGUAAGCUGCCUCACCGUAAUGCUUCUGCUGUGGCUAGAAAAAAGUUAUUACAUAAUUCUGAAGAUGAUCAGAGCUUAAAGUCCGAAAUUGAAGAAGAGGAGCUAAAAGAUCGAAAUCAGCCAUCACCACUGUCCAGUUCUCAUGCUGCCCAGAAUACCGUGAAUGAGUCUGAAAAUGCGGAUUCAGAGUCAGAAAGUGAUUUGCGAGUAGCCCGCAAAAAUUGGCACGCCAAUGGUUAUAAGUCGCAGGCUCCAGCAACUUCUAAAACAAAAUUUCUUAAAAUAGAGUCUUCUGAUGAAGACUCUAAAAGUCAUGAUUCAGAUAAUGUACAUAACAGAACUGCUGGUCCAUCUACAUCUGGGCAGAAACUUAAGGCAGACAGCAGCUCCGAGGAAGAGGAGGAAGCAGAUUCGGAACCAAGGAAGUAUGCCGGUAGGAAAUACAACACAGCUCGCAAGAGUCUUACUUUCCUUAAAAAAGCAAAGAUCUUCAGUGAGUCGGAGGAGUCCGAAUCUGAAGAGCAAGAUCGAGAAGAUGGCAGCUGUCACAGAAUGGAAACAAACCUGAUUAGAGGGGCUUCGAAGUGUGAACCGACUGCCGGGUCCCAGCGUUCCUCAGAUCAUGUAUCUGAGACUGAUUUGGAUUCAGAUGAUGACAACACAAAAGAAAAACCAAACAAUUUUUUGAAAGAUUCUACAUCACAAGACCACGGACAAAGCAGGAAAGUUUCCAGGAAAAGGGUCUGUUCCAGUGACUCAGACAGCAACUCGAAGGUGGUGAAGAAGCCCUCCAAAGGCAAGACGGGUGCCCUGAGGACUCCCCGCCGGCGUGCAGCCCUGGCUGCCCGGAAGACCAAGCUCCCGAGCGACGCCGAGGACGCCGGCUUGGACCGCGCGUGCGGCCGGAGCAGCAGAGGGAGGAGGAAGCCCCCGCUUUCCACGUGCGCCACGGCGGGGACGGCGGGGACGACGGCGCGGGAGGCCGAGGGGCCCGAGCCUGAGCCCCAGCCGCGGAGCGGGCGGGCGGCCGGAGCGGGAGGCGCUUCCAAGCCCGGGCCCGACGCCGGCCCCAGAUCCGACUCGGACUUGGCGUCUGCGACGGAAUCAGACAGCGACUGUGCCGACGACGCGAAAACCAAAAAGAGGAAAACGAGAGGAAAAGCGAAAGCGGCGAGAAAAGGUAAAGCUUGUGCAGCCGCCGCAGCGAGAGGCGCGAGGCGGCAGAGACAGAGCAAACGGCCUAGGCUGAGUGUGGACGAUAACGACUGGGAGGACUUGGACUAUGCAAAAUCGAAGAGAGGUCUUCGACGUUCGAAAAUAAAAACGAGAAAUCAGGGCAGAAGGACCGUGAGAUACCAUGAUGGGGAUGAUGACAGAAGCUUAGAAAAUGUGUUAGAUUUUGAUGAUUGCACCUUAUGACCUUGAGAGAAAGCCAGUUCAUUGAAAGAGGAAAUGGACUGGAAUUUAUGGUGAAAGUUGGCUGUUGAAAUUAUUUUUUGUCCUAUAAUUCAGGGAAUAUAUUUAUAUUUUUCUAUGAAAAGUUAUGAAUGUGACUAAAUCAUGACUGUUAUUUUUAUUUGCACUUGCUUGCCUUUGUAGCAGCGCUCAGCACAGGUGCCAAAAUAUGCUUCAUUUUGGGGGCAGAUCUACUUUGACAGUAUUUAACUACAGAUAGCAAGAAUUUGAAAUGUGUUCAACACUAGACAUACUGGUUAUCAAAACCGAUAAGCAUUACUUUCAUGGUAGCAAGUGUCACACAGUUACUUUCUGAACGCGUCAAGAGGUGGUAGUUUCUAACCCCUGUCCUGUUGUAGUCGAACAAUUUCACGUGACCUAUGUUUACAGAUUCUUCAUAAAUAUUAUGUGUAUACUGACAUUACAAUCAUGGGAGGUGUAACCAUGAUUAGUAGGCGAGGUACCUACCACUUUUUUGUUUUGUUUUGUUUUCUUUCCCUGGCUACUUGAGCAGAACGCAUUAUACCAGAUUUGGUCAUUUUCAUUGAAAUGGUUUCUUUCCAAAUGCUGUUGGGUCUUUUCUUUCUUUUUCUUUAUUUUUAAGGAAAAUAUCAUCACUUUUAUUUUAUAAACUUGAAUUUAUAAAGUGCUGGUAAAUUAUUUUUUAAAAUGUUUUGAUUGUAUAUUUUAAACCUCUAAGGCCCCGACCGUAGUCCUAGCAUUUUCUUUUAAAUUGUGCACUAACAGAAUGCUAUAUAAUUUGUCUUUUCCAAGGUCUCCUGGUUUCUGUGUAAGGGAUUUAACCAAAAUCUUGGUCUUCCAUAGUCUUACUCUGUGAAAUAGAGGAGUUUGUGUGCCUUAGAUUUAGGAAGAGUGUGUUCUUUCAUAGAUUGUAAAGGGCCAAGAGAGUAUUUAAAUUAUAUGUAGUUUCCCCCCAUUUCCAUUGAGGUUGUAGAGUUGAGUUUUGUUAAGAGUGCAAUCGCAAAUCUCAUCUAUAUAGGAAAAUAGUUAAAUGUCAUUCUCCAUCUCUUUGUUUUAGCUCACCGCUGCCAUGUGCAAUCCCAGGCAUUCUUUGAUGGGGCAACUAAGUGUAUCUUUACUAGUGAUCUCUAGUUCAAAUCUAAGAAACUGUCAUGUGUUGUGGGAAAAUAAUUUUGGAAUCCAUUUAAAGUGAAACUUCUGUCACAUCAUCAAAUACGUCAAAUAAGUACACUUAUUUUUCGAGCCAAAUAUUCUUGCUUGAUAGGUUGUGCUACUCCAUACAGUGUAGGUGGCCAUUCCUAGCUUGUUUGUGCCUGAAGAUGGACUUGAUUCAAAUGGUUUACAUAUUUUGUAGCGAACGAGUAUGUUACAGUACUCCCACCUUUGUUAUUUAUUGGCCCUGCGUUUGGUUCCAGACAAAAUUAACCCUUUUCUCCUGUGUAUCCUGAUGGUGGCAGGUAUGGAAAAGCAUCAGACUCUGGUGUCAGUGUUAGAGAAUGUUCUUAAGUGUUGUUACUUUUCAGUUAUCUGUUCCAUUCGACAUGGUAGAAGGUACUUUGCACUCUGAUGUAAGGGGAAGGGUGUUUUUGGGCAUUACCAACUGAGAUAGGUGGGACGGACUUACCCCUCCUUUGGUUGUUGAGAGAGCUGUCACCACGUCAAAACUAUGAUGCUCUUCUUUAUCAAAGUCCGUGUUAAGUAUGUGGUAGAGAGAGUGAUUCAGGAGAAUUGUCCUUGACUAUUGACCUGAAAACAUUAAUGGAAUGUUCUUUACUUCCCUAGUUUUAAGCAAUGGUGGUAGAUGUCCUAGCCAUUAAUUUAUUUAAACUCUUCUAAAGCUUCUCUGUUUUAUAUCUAUUCUCAGGGUUAUAACUCCAUGUUUACCAUCAUCUGCAAAAAGGUACCAAAAAAAUCCAUAAAUACAAAUAUAGAAUACGUUCAUAAAUACAUAAAUUCUUUUGGUAAAAUGAGACUUUGAUCAUUUAGGGUUCAUCGGUAGAACUGUUCUUAUCUUUUGGACUGAAUUAACUGGUCACAGAUUGGCUGGUCAACCAAUUACUAAUUUUUCUUUUUUGUCCAAAAUUGUUAGACCUUUGUGUUUUAGAAAGCAGUAUUUUGGUUUCACCUGGGGGGGAAAAAAAAUUAGAAUUUGGCCUCAUGACUUUGAAGGCAUGGUUGACAAUGGUAGCUUCUCAAGUUCUGAAGUAAAACUAGGAUUAUAGUGAGAAUCAUUUUUAUGGGUUUUUUUGGUCAUGGUGCUAUUCCUAAGGUUAACUUUGAAUAUGUGACACACACUCCUAAGUACUUUAAGGAAAAUUAAUAAAUAAUUAAUAGUUCAAAAUGUUUACAUUGAGCACUAGAACAUGUUUGACUUUUUUUCUACUUCUCUUUAUGCGAAAUGCGCAGGGAUUUAAUGCACGGAUGUACUUUAAUGUGUUUGGGAUCAGUUUGUAUUUUCUUGUGAAAAAAGACAAAAGCUUGCAGAUUGAAUGUGAACUGAUCCGGAAGUAAGUGCUGUAGCUUUUCAUUGCACUUGAAGUCACUUAAUGGUGUAUAUGAACAACAACAACAAACUGCUGUGGUUGUGCGUGUCCAAGGUCCUAUGAUUUUCUCCAUUUAUGGUUGAAAAAAAGGGCUGAGGUAUUUAGAUUUGAGUUUUGAUUCCUUUGAAAGACUAUUUAGAAAAAAAGAUGUCAAACAUUUGAGAAAUAGGUGAGGUUUAAAAACAUUUUUUUUCAUAACAGACUUUAAAAGGGCAUACCAACAAUGUGUAGUAACUUCUGAAUAAAAGGGAAAGUAUCCCAUAUUCACAUAAUUCUUAGGGUGGUCAUUCUCCCUUUUUUAUUUUAGGGGAAAAAUCUGUGAUUAAAUCUUUUCUCAAUUUAGUUAUUAUUUGUAAAGCAGUUACAACACAAAAGUUUCUUCUAAAUAGUAGAGAGUUGCACCUAAAAAAGCAAAUUAAUUUUAUAAUACGAAAAUGGGGGUAAAGAACUCAUGUUUGGGGAAAAGGCACUUCAAAAUCUAGAAUUGCAAAUGAAAAAGGAGGUAUAAAACAAGCCAAUAACAAUGCCAUCUUGAAGGUAUUACUGUCCAAAAAUAAGAAUAAGACUUGUCACUAAAUCUUCACACUCCAUUGGUUGCUGACAUCUUAGGUAACAAAUCUUAGAACAGCCUUGGGUUCAUACUACAUUCCCUGCCCCUCUUCUAGCCUUUUUUUCUUUAGACUAGCCAGAACACAAUUUAUUAAUUUCAGUGUAUCAUUUUAAAAACUACACUGAAAGGACUUUAGUCUCUCGUCAGUGCACAUUGAAUUUGUGCCACCUGAAAAAAUGAGAGGUUUUUGUAUCAGAAUGCAAGAACAUUGUUCAAGGUGCUUACAGUAUUUUUGGUUUUCCUUUCUACUCAGUUGUAUUGGUUUUUUUGAGUAACUUUUAAAUGGCUAGAACAGGUCUGUUUGCCUUGCGCUUUAUAGCUGAAAUACCAGCUCCAUCCUUUUCAUCCAUGUCAAGUCAGCAUUUUGCCUUUAUUCGCCAUCUCGGAGUUGUCCACGAACACUCCAGUGUCUUACAUUGUGUGGAAAUUGUAGUUGAGUCUUUCCUGGUGUAAUGUAGUGUGACACAGCACCCUCACUGCGGGAGAGCUCUCCGUUAUUACGGAAGACCGUCUCUCAGCUUCUGCUGUGGGUAACACGAUGUAAUAAAGCAGAAACCGUAAGAAAUUUGCAAUGUCACUGUUUAAAGACUGUCUCUGAUUCUAGUAUUUGGGAACAAAGCCCAAACCAAGAAAAAUUUGUCAACGCUAGGGAGAAAAUGGAACAUUGUGGAAAAAUCUAGUCCAACUAGAUUAGUAAGUGCUAAUAUCACUUGGUAGCUCAAACGUUGUGAGUUAAUGGAGAGGAUUAAAGUGUAAAGACUAUAAUGGUGAGGGCUGUGUUGUGUUGUCGUUUCUCACUUUUCAAUUAAGGUUUUUGUAGCUAUUUUCUUAAAUUAUAGAUGUUGCCGAAGAGUACGUGGGGAUUCUCAGAGUUGAAAGAUUUUUACUAGUCACUAAUAGUCUGCCAGGCUGGUUCCUUAAUACAUUGUGAAUUUGGUGGAAAAAUAUCAAGACUUUUACUUGGUGUCUCUUUAAGUAUUACUUGUAUGGAUCUGAUGUAGGGAGGUUGGAUGGGGACAGUUACAACAUUGCGGCCUUACGAUUUCUGCAGGCCCUGUCUUUGGCAGCAUGUAAGUAACUAUAGAAUAUGUGUUUAUUUGUCACGACUGAUCGUUUCAUUGAAUUAUCAGUGUUUGAGCAUAUUUUCUGGUCAUGCUUUAGUUUUUAAGGUAAGUUUUGUCAUUUAUUAAAACCUUUAAUGGGAAUUUGGACUCCUAAAGAGGCAUUCUGACUGACCUAACUGAAACGAGGCGACCAGUUACAGUUUGCAUGGACUGCAGCUGCCAGCCUGGCCCACAGGAGUAGUAUUUAGAAGUUACUACCUUUGUUGAUGAGUGGUUAAAUGUUAAAACAAUCUUCCGGUUUUAAUAUAUUGAAGGUGGUUUUCUAGGUGUUGAUCCAGACUUAGUCCUCCGACCGUAUGCACACGUUCAGUUCACCUGUGAAAUUCUAACCAUUUCACUGGAGCCCGGACAAAAAGGCAAAUCUUUGAUUUUCCACUCCCAUGCAAGAUCUCUCAAACUUUUCUACAUUAACGUGUUACCACAUUUCACAACUCUCAGUUGUCAUCUAGGAACCAGUUUUACUUACUUUUUAAGCAAUUACGAACUAAAAUGGUAGAGUAUAAUAAAUGUUGUUAUCCUAACAUUUUUUUUUAAACUACUUCAAGCCUUCUAGCUGAUUAAUUCUGUAAGGUCUGCAGUAGGCAGUCGAUUUCCCUUGCAACUCACCCUUACUCUUGUCUUAAACAGCUCUAUUUUCUCUCUCAAACCUCUGUCCAUUUGUGAUUUCUUUCUCAUGCAGGCAGAAUGCAGGGCCACACCCUGUUGUAUGGGCGGAGGGGGCUGAAGGGGGUUGAAAGAUGGGCCUGAAAAGAGGUUGUCCUUGGAUUGUCUGUGCCCUGCCUCUUUUCGCUGGGGAAGUAAUAAAGUAGAUUGAAAACCGGGGUUGAUUUUGGUUACCUUGUACUGCCCAACAGUUUAAAAAUGCUCUGAGAUCUCUCUGAAGAAGUUCAUCAAACCCAGAAACCAGUAUUACACUGUAUGUUAACAAAAAUUUAAAUUUAAAAGUUCAUUAGAUAGAUACAGGAUCCCUGAAUUCAUACUUUAUAGAGCUUUUAUCAGAUUUUUAGAAAAAAAACUGCAGUAGCCAUCACCAGUCUUUGAGAAUCGUGACUGUUAAGCAGUGAACUGUUUUCUGGGGAUGAGAGCGAGCUGGAGAGUGAUGCUACAAGAGCUGUCAAAGCCAGACGAAGUUCUGUGGGGCCAUCACUGCGUGUGUGGAAGACUGGAAUUCAUCUGCUCCACCACAAAAGUGACCACGCUAGCGACGAACAGCUCUCGAUUAUGGAAUUAUUUCUGACAGUCUCCAGACCCAAUGCGGCCAUACUGUAGAAGCUGACCUCUCAGUGUUAACUCCCCCAGAAAACAGAGAAGUGUUCAGCCUGGGGAGUUAAAGCAUGCAGAGACACUUCCGGUGUAUGGGAUCUUUUUGGAAACUUGUGCUUUGGGAGGGAUGAAUAUCAGUGAUAAACGCUGUUUGCUUCCUGAGUUUUGCGCAUUUCAUUGCUUCUCAGUGAAGGGCAGACAAGACGACAUCUCAGUCUAGCUCUGAUAAAAGCCUUGCUGGAGAGAAGGUGCUGUGAUUUGCAAUUAAAAGGCUUCCCCCACCAGCCACAGCAACCAAUCAUAUCAGUACUUCAGAAGUAUGUGAAAUAGGCUCGUACAUUUUCAUUUUGAUUCAGACAUGCUGUCAUCUUUUUCCAUUCUCAGAUUUGUUUUUAAUACUCCACAAUUAAAAUGCUGAUGAGAUUAAAAUGUUCAUGCUUCUACAGCAAUGACGUGAAGUUUAUUUUGGAUCUAGGGAAAGUUCUGUAUUAAGUAUCAUAAUUAGAAUAUGAUUAGCCCUUAAAAUAGAGAAACGAGAUAAUUGCUUUGAAUCAAAACUAAUGUCUACAUCCAAGUUUCUUCUGUUCACCACAGACCAUCUUAGAACACACAGGGACACAAUUUAAAGUGGUCAUCUAGGUGAACUGUGAUGGGGUACAACUACCAAUGUUAAUUUUUACUCUAUGAAUGAGGUUUUUGCCGUAUCCAAAUAGGGAAUCAUUUAUAGGAAAGCAGCAAUGCCUCAAGCUCUCAUUGACUGCUCCAAAACACGUGACUGACCAAGACCAUCUGGGACAGGAGGACUUCCCCAGUCCUGUAGUGACUUGUUAGUAUGACGUGAUGCUACACAAAUGUAUUGUUAGAGCAGUAUCCUCCAGGGGUUUUCAGCUUGUACCCUAACAUAGAAAUUGGAUUUCUCUCUAACCCUGAAUGAUCCUGUAUAUAUUUCUAAAAACUGUUUGUAGUUUUCUCAAGGAGAAUAAAGCACUUUAUAAUUUACCAAGUUCUCAGUAAUAAAAUUAACACUGACUUUCAUGUA